AUGAAAGAUCAUACAAUUUCGUUGAAGUCUCUAAAUAAUAAUAGAACUAUGACAUCUAUGAGAACAAGGACUAGAGAUAUUUCCCAUCUGACAGACAGUCAAAAUAGUGCUAGAGUCUAAGAACAAAUUAAAUAAAAAUAGUUGGUUGCUGAAAUUCAUUUAUAACAAUAUGUAUAAUAAUAGAGAAUGAGAAAAUAAAAUCAGGCUUAUUUUAGUAAUUAAUUGAGAGUUAAAACUGAAGAAAAAUCUGAUCAAACAUCAGAAUAAAUCAAUGAAAAUGAAAUUCUACCUAUAUUAGAAUAGAUAUCAGAACUAAAUUUUGAACAAAUCACUUCAGGAUUGUCAUAAGAAAAAGAUCAUAGUCAUAUUUUGACUUCUUUAAAAUAAUCAUUAUUUAAAGCAAUCAAUUGCACUCCUACAUUGGUUUCCCUUAAAUAAUAGUCUAAUAGUUUUUUUUCAGCUUAACCUACUGGUAGAAGAGAUGCAAUCAUACUUAAAUAAUGGUUUGUAAACUUCAUGGAAUAAACUCAGUAAUCAAAUAAGGAUUUCAAAGAUAAACUAAUUUCUUUAUCUGAAGCCCUUCAUUUAUGUUUGUUGGAGAUUGUCCGACAAGUAUCAUAUUAAUGUGCUGAAAGAGGUUAACUGCUUCAUUCAUUAGUUAAAGGUUAUAUAUUAGUAUUCCAUAAGCAUUUCAUGAUAAAAGAGGAAGAAAAAAGAAAAUUAAAAUUUUAGUUAUUUGAAAAAGAUAUUAAUGAAUCCAAGUAAAAAGAAGAAAUGGAAAAUCGUUAAUAAUAAUACAUAAAUUAAUUAAAGAAAGAAUUGAAUCAAUUAAAAUAAAAAGAAAAUAUUUUUAAUUCAGAACUUAUUAGUUAUUAAUAAACUAUUAAGUAAUUGUAGAAUAAAAUUAAUUUACAACAAACCAUAUAAAAAAGUGCAGCAAAUAUGAUUGGCAAUUUAUAAAGGGAAAUAGAUUAAUUAAAGCAUUAAUUAUCGAAAAAGAAUCAAAACAAACACUCUUCUAUGAAUAAAUCAGAUGAUGUAAUAGAGGAACAAGAUUUAUCAUUAUCUUAAGUACUUAAGGAAUUGAAUUAACAGAAUAAAUUUGAAUAAAAUUAGGAUGUAAUUGUUAAAGAUGUGAUUGAAGUAUUGCCUGUUGUCUGUCAUAGUGUUGGUGUUUAAACAUUCUAAAAAUGUUUAUGUGUUAUUGAAACAUAAACAGAUCUUCAGUUAAUGGCUCCUUAAUAUGAUAAAUUUUUGUCUAUUUCUGAAAUAGAAAAUACAUUAAGAGAAUUUGAAUUAAAACAACAAUUAGAAUAGUAGAGCUGGUUGGAUGGUCUAUGUGAUCAAAUGAAUAUGCAUCCUGAUGAACCAUCAAUACAGGAUUAUGAUAUUAAAGGCAUUACAAAAAUAGAUUUAAUAUAUGAGGCGCCAGAAAAUGAUGAAGGGUCACCUGAUAUAUUAAGUAGAAGAAAAAAUGAAUAUAUGUAAGAAAGAAGACUCUAGAUAGACAGAUCUGAAACAUCUGAGAAGUUAAUUAGAGAAUUAGAUAAAUAUGGUUCAGACAGAUUAUUGAAUGUCAAAUCAAUAUAAUUAGGGACAGGUUCUAAUAAUACUUAAUAAAAUUCAUAGUAAUCUUCAUAAAAAUUAAUUAAAUUAUCACCAUAAGCCAAUUCAUAAGUGAAUUAAACAAAUGUAUGCAAAACUGAUCCAGUUAAAUAAAAUUAAAAACAAUAAGUUCAAUAAUAAUAAUAAUAAUAAUAAUAGGUAUCAAUAAAUACAUAGAGAUAUUUUCCAGCGAAUGAAAAUUUAGAUAAAAAGAAUAUAAAUACAUAAGAAAAGUAAGCAUAAAAGAAAAAAAAGAUGAGUAUAUCAUAAUAAUAAUAAUAAUAAUAAUAAUAAUCAUUAUAACAAUAAUAAUAAUAAUUAUAACAAUAAUAUAUUAUUUAAUUAAAUGAUUAAAAUGAAAAAAUUGAAUCUUUUUAAUAACCAAACUUAUCAAAAUAAUAAACUACAAUGUUGAUGUUACUUUAUUAAAUACAAAAAUAAAAAGCUUAAAAUGCAACAGCUAGAAUGAAUGAAACAAAUGAACUAUUAACAUAAAUAUUAUUAUUUGCAAGAAAAUUAACUGUUCAUAUAUUAAAAACUUAAUUUAAAACACACACUUAAAUAGCAGAAGAAUUUUUAUUUGAAUUUGAAUCUUUAAGAAAGAAAAUAUAGAAUGACAAGGAAAUUUUAGAAGAAGAAUAUGUAUUAGAUGAAGAGAAAGAAAAAGAAGAAAAAAAACAAGAGGCAAUGAAGAGAAGAAAAGGUAAAAUAUAAAGAGCUUUAAGACUUAAUUUUGCUACAAGAUAAAUGAAACAAAUACCAACAAUUGAUAGAUUAACCCAUCCUGGAGUGUUAUUAGCAAUAAAAGCCAGAGACCAAUCACAUUUAUUUAAAAAAGUUGUUGCUUAUUGGCCAGUUAAGAAUGUUUUAAGAACAAUUACUUAAAUAUAUUUAGAAAAAGCUUCCUUUGGAGGAGAAGCUGAUAUGUAAAUCUUUGUAUUCAAUUUCUUUCUUAAUAAAUAUGGAUUUAAACAUGUGGCAGAAAAGAAAUAUUUAUAAUUUUUAUUAUCUGUAAUACACUUUAGUCAAAUAUUUCGAGUGAAUUUAUUUGCUAGAUUAUUAUGUCUUUUACAUGAUGAACAUCUCAAUUUCACAUAAGAAGAAUCAGCCUUUCUGUUAUCAGGAUUAGAAUAUAUACAUAGUUAAACAAGUUUGGGUGUUAAUAUUGUAUAAGGAGAUAGUGAGUCCAAAUUUCAUGUACCAUAUUUGAGAGCAUUAGAGUAUAUAUAUAAUAAUAAUUUAGUUAUAUAAAAAUGCAUUUGGAAAAUAAGUUAACUGAGGAUGAAAUAAAAGAACUGAGAUAAGAUUUGGAUAAUUUAAAAGAAAGUGAUCCAAAAAAUAAAUCAGGAGUAGUUGAUUUAGAUUUAUUUAUGUCUAAAGUUCUCGAUAAAUAUAGAAAUGUUACACAUAGAACAAAGUUAUUUGUGAUACAUGCAUUUUAAGCUGCUGAUUUGGAUGGGAAUAAAAAGAUUAAUCAUAAUGAAUUUUUAACUUUGUUUAGACACAUUGAAUAUGAGAAAUUCAAUUUUUAAGAAGCUUUAGAUUUAUUUGAUGAAUAAGCUGAUAUAAUUCAUUAAGGUGAAAAAAAUUUGUCAUUUAAUCGUUUUACAUCUGUUUGUGUUAAUUAAUAAAUCUUCACUGAAAAUUCUCUGAAUGAUUUCAUUGGAAAGGAAGCAAAUAUAGAAUAAAUAUUCGAUAAUGUUGUGAAAACCUGGAAUUAAUACAAAUUAGAGGUUUAAGGUUUGCUUAGUCAAUUAUAACCAUUUGUAACAUAAGAAAUAUAUUAAGAAUGGGUUAAUAUAUUAUAUACGCUUGAAAAAAGGAUUCUCCAUUAGAAAACAGAUUAUUAAAAUGUUAGACCUAUUUUAAUAGCACACAAAAUACUCAAGUUAGAGUUGACAAGAUUGCUGGAUGAGGAUGAAUAACAUUAGAACAAAGAAUGA